AUGGUGUGUAUUUGUGGUAUAAAUGGUAUAAAAUAUGCGGAGAACGGGUGUAUUUGUGGUAUAAAUGGUAUAAAUUACGCCGAGAACAGGUGUAUUUGUGGUAUAAAUGGUGUAAAAUACGCCGGGAACAGGUGUAUUUGUGGUAUAAAUGGUGUAAAAUACGCGGGGAACAGGUGUAUUUGUGGUAUAAAUAGGGUAAAAUACACGGGGAACAGGUGUAUUUGUGGUAUAAAUCGUGUAAAAUACGCCGGGAACAGGUGUAUUUGUGGUAUAAAUGGUGUAAAAUACGCCGGGAACAGGUGUAUUUGUGUUAUAAAUGGUGUAAAAUACGCCGGGAACAGGUGUAUUUGUGGUAUAAAUGGUGUAAAAUACGCGGGGAACAGGUGUAUUUGUGGUAUAAAUGGUGUAAAAUACGCGGGGAACAGGUGUAUUUGUGGUAUAAAUGGUGUAAAAUACGCGGGGAACAGGUGUAUUUGUGGUAUAAAUGGUGUAAAAUACGCGGGGAACAGGUGUAUUUGUGGUAUAAAUGGUGUAAAAUACGCGGGGAACAGGUGUAUUUGUGGUAUAAAUGGUGUAAAAUACGCGGGGAACAGGUGUAUUUGUGGUAUAAAUGGUGUAAAAUACGCGGGGAACAGGUGUAUUUGUGGUAUAAAUGGUGUAAAAUACGCGGGGAACAGGUGUAUUUGUGGUAUAAAUGGUGUAAAAUACGCGGGGAACAGGUGUAUUUGUGGUAUAAAUGGUGUAAAAUACGCGGGGAACAGGUGUAUUUGUGGUAUAAAUGGUGUAAAAUACGCGGGGAACAGGUGUAUUUGUGGUAUAAAUGGUGUAAAAUACGCGGGGAACAGGUGUAUUUGUGGUAUAAAUGGUGUAAAAUACGCGGGGAACAGAAACAACCAGGAAGCUAUUUACUUUGUUCUUAAAUACAAGACACAUUCGUACUGGUUAGGGGACAGGACUGGAUUUGACAUCCUACGGGUUUUGUACUGGACCAAGCAUAACAUGGACAGAAGAAAACCGUACAAAGAUCCCGAUGUGGAUUAUAUCGGACGAACUGAUAGAAAGAACAGCAAUGAAUCAUAUGUACCCAUACCGUACGUCCGUGACAAUGGUGAGGACAGAAGUGUAUCGAGUGGCAUGGCGUUCGGAAAUUAUGCCAUAUCUGAUGAAUAUGCUGUUGAGGAUCCCCACUGGAACAUGAUGGCAUACAACUCAAAACGUCACUGGGCCAAGGCCAAUUGGUCGGAGCAAUAUGUGGAGUCAAACAGCCGAUCAGAUGAUGUGAACCGUGACGAACACAAUUAUAGAUCCAAGCGCCGCCAUGGCCGAGAAGAUUUUGCCCGUCCUUCUCCACGAGACAAGAAAGGAGGAAACACAAACAUCAAACACUCAGCUCUGGCAGUAUUCAUGGUAGCGGUGGUUGUAGCUAUCCCACUGUUGAUUAUCUUCGUCUUCAGGAAAGGAUCCCCGAUCACCGAAGGAACAAUAGGCUUGGAAUUAAAAUUAUCUGACCAGUUUCAAAAAGGCAUGGAAGAUCCCACUUCUACCGUGUUCAAGUCGACAGAGCAGGAACUUUGUACAGAGGUAGAACAGGCAUUUACUACAGACGACAACUUCCCAGGGGGCACGAACUAUGUGUGUACGCUUAAAUCACUAAGAAAUGGCAGCAUCAUUGUCACUUUCGUGAUAAUCAUUACUGGCAGUUACACUAUACCUGGCAAUGAUCAAUAUGUCCAAACGGUUACAACAUUCAUAGGAGCAGGGGGGACACUGGGGUCAUUUACAGUAAUAAGUGGAUCCGUAGUUGUCACAUCAGCUUCCUAUACGCAGCAAGGCGUCCACACGAUCAUUACAACAACCACAUCUGCGCCAACGACAACAACAUCCACUCCAGAGCCAACAACAACGACAACAACUCCGGAGCAAACAACAACGACAACCACUCCAGAGUCAACAACAACGACAACAAUUCCGGAGCAAACAACAACAACAACCACUCCAGAGUCAACAACAACAACAACCACUCCAGAGUCAACAACAGCGACAACCACUCCAGAGUCAACAACAACGACAACCACUUCAGAGCAAACAACAACAACUCCCGAAGCUACAACUACUACCAUUAUUCAAACUGAAAUUCAACUCGGUAGCUCGCUUACGUCUCCUCAUGGUGAUUUACUCAUUGAGUGCAACGUCCAAUACGCACCUAAUACCUGGAAUGAGAUCAAGCUUAUCUCCACUGGCGUCAGCUCUGGGAUUGAAGCUGUUUGUUAUGCUAAUGGUACAACACAAAAGGACAACAACUCGUACCAACUGACCUUACAUCCUACCGGAAAUAACGUAUCAAUAAGUCUUCUAUUUCCAAAUACAACGAAACAAUGUUUUGCCAGAAGCAACUACACGUGUCUGCUCUAUGGAAAUAACGACGUAAUGGUUGAAACAACGAAAUAUGUCUCCAUUCCAGUUACAGAUGCAGCAGAAAAUCUUGAAAUUGUUGGAAUUCCAACGAUUAACGAAGGUGACAGAUAUGUAGUGAACUGUACCGGGGAUCUGGCUCCGCCAUCAAGUACACUCGACCUGUAUACUAGAACCGCCAACGCUACGUCAUUUACGAAAUCUUCAGUAAAUCCCCUAUUAACGAGCGGUGUUGUAACUCAGUCAUGCUACCUCCAAACAACAAAGAGCUACACUCUGAUAGCCAACAUGAAUGAUAAUGGCACAGAGAUGAGAUGUGAGGCACUUAACUCUUCGCCAGGAUCACGGACGACAUCUGGUUCACGAACGGUUUCUGUAACAGUUUCUGAAAUACAACUCGGUAGCUCGCUCACAUCUCCUUAUGGUGAUUUACUCAUUGAGUGCAACGUUCAAUAUGCACCCAAUACCUGGAAUAAGAUCAAGCUUAUCUCCUCUGACGUCAGUUCUGGGAUUGUAGCUGUUGGUUAUGCUAAUGGUACAACAAAAGAGGACAACAACUCUUACCAACUAUCCUUUCUACCUGUCGACAGUAACAUAUCAAUAAGUCUUCUUUUUCCAAACAAAACGAAACAUUGUGUCGCAAGAAGGAACUACACAUGUUUACUCUAUGUGAAUGACGACACCUUUGCGGAAACAACACAAUAUAUCUCUGUUCCAGAUGCAGUUGAAAAUCUUGAAAUUGUUGGCAACACCAUGUUAAAUGAAGGUGACAGAUAUGUGGUGAACUGUACCGGAGAUCUGGCUCCGUCAUCAAGUACACUCGACCUGUAUACUAGAACCGCCAACGCUACGUCAUUUACGAAAUCUUCAGUAAAUCCCCUAUUAACGAACGGUGUUGUAACUCAGUCCUGCUACCUCCAAACAACAAAGAGCUACACUCUGAUAGCCAACAUGAAUGAUAAUGGCACAGAGAUGAGAUGUGAGGCACUUAACUCUUCGCCAGGAUCACGGACGACAUCUGGUUCACGAACGGUUUCUGUAACAGUUUCUGAAAUACAACUCGGUAGCUCGCUCACGUCUCCUCAUGGUGAUUUACUCAUUGAGUGCAACGUUCAAUAUGCACCCAAUACCUGGAAUAAGAUCAAGCUUAUCUCCUCUGACGUCAGUUCUGGGAUUGUAGCUGUUGGUUAUGCUAAUGGUACAACAAAAGAGGACAACAACUCUUACCAACUAUCCUUUCUACCUGUCGACAGUAACAUAUCAAUAAGUCUUCUUUUUCCAAACAAAACGAAACAUUGUGUCGCAAGAAGGAACUACACAUGUUUACUCUAUGUGAAUGACGACACCUUUGCGGAAACAACACAAUAUAUCUCUGUUCCAGAUGCAGUUGAAAAUCUUGAAAUUGUUGGCAACACCAUGUUGAACGAAGGUGACAGAUAUGUGGUAAACUGUACUGGGGAUCUGGCUCCGCCAUCAAGUACACUCGACCUGUUUACUAGAACCGCAACUGCCACGUCAUUUACGAAAUCUUCGGCAAAUCCCCUAUUAACGAGCGGUGUUGUAACUCAGUCCUGCUACCUCCAAACAACAAAGAGUUACACUCUGAUAGCCAACAUGACUGAUAAUGGCACAGAGAUGAGAUGUGAGGCACUUAACUCUUCGCCAGGAUCACGGACGACAUCUGGUUCACGAACGGUUUCUGUAACAGUUUCUGAAAUACAACUCGGUAGCUCGCUCACAUCUCCUUAUGGUGAUUUACUUAUUGAGUGCAACGUUCAAUAUGCACCCAAUACCUGGAAUAAGAUCAAGCUUAUCUCCUCUGACGUCAGUUCUGGGAUUGUAGCUGUUGCUUAUGCUAAUGGUACAACAAAAGAGGAUAACAACUCUUACCAACUAUCCUUUCUACCUGUCGACAGUAACAUAUCAAUAAGUCUUCUUUUGCCAAACAAAACGAAACAUUGUGUCGCAAGAAGGAACUACACAUGUUUACUCUAUGUGAAUGACGACACCUUUGCGGAAACAACACAAUAUAUCUCUGUUCCAGAUGCAGCAGAAAAUCUUGAAAUUGUUGGCAACACCAUGUUGAACGAAGGUGACAGAUAUGUUGUGAACUGUACCGGGGAUCUGGCUCCGCCAUCAAGUACACUCGACCUGUAUGCUAGAACCGCCAACGCUACGUCAUUUACGAAAUCUUCGGCAAAUCCCCUAGUAACGAGUGGUGUUGUAACUCAGUCCUGCUACCUCCAAACAACAAAGAGUUACACUCUGAUAGCCAACAUGACUGAUAAUGGCACAGAGAUGAGAUGUGAGGCACUUAACUCUUCGCCAGGAUCACGGACGACAUCUGGUUCACGAACGGUUUCUGUAACAGUUUCUGAAAUACAACUCGGUAGCUCGCUCACGUCGCCUCAUGGUGAUUUACUCAUUGAGUGCAACGUUCAAUACGCACCUAAUACCUGGAACGAGAUUAAACUAAUAUCGUCUGACGUCAGUGCUCGUAUUGUCGCUGUUGGUUAUGUCAACGGAACAACACAAAAGGACAACAACUCGUACCAACUGACCUUCCAACAUAGCGAUAGAAACAUGUCAAUAAGUUUAUUAUUUCCCAACACAACAAAACAUUGUUUUGGAAGGAGCAACUACCGGUGUUUGCUCAAUAGCGAUAGUGACGACAUCAUUGUGGAGACGACAGAAAACGUUUCCAUUCCAGUUGUAGAUACUGCGGAGCAUGUUGUAAUUGUUGGAAACACCACUUGGAAUGAAGGUGACAGAUAUGUAGUGAACUGUACCGGGGAUCUGGCACCGCCGUCAAGUACACUAGACCUGUACACUAGGACCACAAACGCCACGUCAUUUACAAAGUCAUCUGUAAAUCCUCUAGUUACGAUUGAUGGUGUUACCGAGUCUUGCUACCUCCAAACAACAAAGAGUUACACGUUCAUUGCCGACAGAACUGAUAACGGCACGGAGUUGAGGUGUGAGGCUUUGAAUACUUCGAGUGGAACAUCGAUGUCUACAAGGCAGUCAAUUGUUGUACGAGUUGCUGAAAUGGAAAUGAAUGAUUCUAUCACAACACCUGAGGAAGAGAUCACUAUUAGCUGUAACGUACGGUACGCUCCGUCCGGAUGGGAUAACUUCAGUAUAGUAUCAGUGAACAAUGAUGAAAUUCACGUGACAGCCUUCUCAGACGGAACUAUUCAACAGGGCAACAGUUCCUAUACAACUAGACUUCAACAAAGUAGUCCAGAUAUGAUACUUAGCGUGCUGUUUCUUAAUACCACGACACACUGUUACGCUAGGGGGAGUUACGUGUGUACAUUAACAGACAACGGAAUCAUCGUCAUCAAUAAUACAGCAACAGUUAUAAUUACAGAUAUCGCCAGCAACGUAACACUUGAAGGUAACGGCACAGUUGAUGAGGGUGACAGGUACGAGAUGAGAUGUUCCGGUAGAGUAGCUACAGAAGGCGGGGAUCUCCACCUCCAUGUACGAUCUGGUAAUACUUCGGACUUUAUCAGGACCACAGAAGUCCCCAUAGUAACUGUUGGUGAUGUCAAUGACAUGUGUUACCAAUCCAUAACCAAAAGUUACGGUUUCAUCGCUGAAAGGGUCCAGAAUGGAACAGAAUUCGCCUGCGUCGCCACUAAUGUCAAACUAUCAUCCUACCAAAGCACCACUUCCAUCGAUAUGGUAGUGGACUUUGCAGCUUUCAACACUCAAUUUCAUUUGCAAAAUACUACAUGGAUCCCUGCCUACGGUGACAAAAACAGUCCUGAAUUCAAGAGCUUUGCAGAGAAAAUAGAAAAUGACACUGACUAUGUAUACGAGAGAAGCAAUAUCAAGGAUAACUACAAGAGAAGCAAAGUCAUUGGACUCGAGCAGGGGAGUGUCAAUGUCAUUUUUGUGAUGCAUAUAGUUGUCCAAGUGGUUCUCACCGAUAGCUCCGGCAAUGUCAUCACAACAAAACUGACACCGACCGACAUCGUUUCUGCAUUUGUCGACACGCUCCCUACGGUUGCCAAUGAUCUUACCAGCAGUGACCUGAUUGACUUAGACACCAACAACAUUGUCACAGAUGUUAUUAUUGAUCCUGGAAAUGAGUAUGAAUGCAGCAAUACGAGGACUGACGUUGUAUUCCUCCUGGACGCCUCAGGAAGUGUCGGAUCAUCUAAUUUCGUAUUAAUGAAAUUCUUCAUUAAAAACAUUACAGCAAAAAUUCUGUUAGGCCCAACCGCCAUUCAAGUUAGUGUCGUUACAUUUGCCUCAGUUCCUAGAUAUGAAUUUUGGCUCAAUGAACAUUAUGGAGCAUUAACGCUGAAUCCAGCUAUAGAUUCAAUCGUAUACACCAACGCGGGGACAUAUAUAGCAAGUGGUUUGCAGUACGUCAGGGAUUAUGCACUGGUCACUGCAAAUGGAGCGAGAGCUGACUCGGAAAAGGUUGUAAUUCUGAUGACUGAUGGACAAUCCUUCGAUAACUCGGCAACAAUUGCCAACACACUCAGAAAUGAUAGUGUUCUUGUGGCUUGUGUGGGAAUAGGUACCGGAAUAAAUACAGUUCAGUUAAAUGAAAUCGCAUACAACUCUUCAUACAUAUUUAAUGCUACUAGCUUUAACGUGUUGACACAAAUCAGUGAUACCGUAAGGAGAUCGACAUGUGACCCGCCAAACAACGAUUAAUAACAAAGUUCAUUUAUAACUAAGGAAAAUGAAAUCUGGUUUUUUUUUAAUACCGUACUGUGUACAGUAGCGUACAGUGGCCAUGGGUGAUAUAUUUGUACG